UCACAGAUUAAUCUCCUGAGACGACUCCAGCCGGGCAGCGAGAGUCACACGCGGCACCACAAUGAAAGGAGAUGUUCCUAAAGCUGUGGUCUCCAAGGCGAAGGACCUCCUGCCUCCUUCAGAGGAGAAGAUGGAGGAGCGCGGUCAGUGGAGCAACAAGGUGGAGUUUAUCCUGUCAGUCGCCGGCUCCAUCAUCGGCCUGGGCAACAUGUGGCGCUUCCCGUACCUCUGCUACAAGAACGGAGGAGGUGCGUUCCUCAUCCCCUACAUGAUCUUCCUGUUCACCUGUGGUGUUCCCGUCUUCUUCCUGGAGACAGCUCUUGGCCAGUACACCAGUCAGGGAGGCAUCACCUGCUGGAGGAAAAUCAGUCCCUUGUUUGAAGGUCUUGGCUAUGGGACUCAGGUGAUUGUGACACUGUUAAACUUCUACUACAUCAUCGUUCUGGCCUGGGGGAUUUUCUACCUGUCUUUCUCCUUCUCUUGGGACCUGCCCUGGUCGUCCUGCAACAACACGUGGAACACAGAAAACUGUGUGGAGUUCCAGAAGAGAAACACGUCAGGCGACACAGCAGUCUACCUGAACGCCACCUCUCCUGUCCUUGAGUUCUGGGAGAGGAGAGCACUGAGAAUUUCCCCAGGCAUUGAUCACAUGGGCUCGCUGAAUUGGGACUUGGCCUUGUGUCUGUUUAUCGCCUGGGUCAUGUGCUACUUCUGCAUCUGGAAGGGGGUGAAAUCCACAGGAAAGGUGGUCUAUUUCACUGCGACCUUCCCCUAUUUGAUGCUGAUUGUGCUGCUGAUCAGAGGAAUCACCCUGCCUGGUGCUGGCAUCGGCAUCCAGUUCUACCUGUACCCCGACCUGGGACGAUUGUCCGACCCACAGGUGUGGAUGGAUGCUGGCACCCAGAUUUUCUUCUCCUACGCCAUUUGUUUAGGGUCACUGACGGCUCUGGGCAGCUACAACAAAUACAACAAUAACUGCUACAGAGACUGCCUCUCGCUGUGCUUCCUGAACAGCGGCACCAGUUUUGUGGCGGGAUUCGCCAUCUUUUCCAUCCUUGGUUUCAUGGCGUAUGAACAGAAUGUUCCCAUCUCAGCAGUGGCAGAAUCUGGUCCUGGUCUUGCCUUCAUUGCUUACCCCCGUGCUGUGUCCAUGAUGCCCUUCUCUCCUCUGUGGGCCGCCCUCUUCUUCAUCAUGAUUGUCUUUCUGGGGCUGGACAGCCAGUUUGUGUGUGUCGAGAGUCUUGUGACAGCGAUCGUCGACAUGUACCCUGCUGUGUUCCGCCGCAAAAAUCGCAGGGAGCUCUUCCUGUUGGCCGUUAGUCUGGUCUCCUUCCUUAUGGGCCUCAUCAUGUUGACGGAGGGGGGCAUGUAUGUCUUCCAGCUCUUUGACUACUAUGCAGCCAGUGGCAUGUGUCUUCUCUUCAUGUCCAUCUUUGAGACUGUCUGCAUUGCAUGGGUCUACGGUGCCGAUCGCUUCUAUGACAACAUCGAGGACAUGAUUGGCUACCGCCCAGGACCUUACAUCAAGUACUGUUGGUUGUUUCUCACCCCUGCCACGUGCAUUGGUACUUUCGCCUUCUCCCUCAUCAAAUACACUCCUCUUAAGUACAACAAUGAGUAUGUAUACCCGUGGUGGGGCUAUGCCGUUGGCUGGCUGCUCGCACUCUCCUCCAUGGUCUGCAUUCCACUCUGGAUGGUGUACAAGAUCAGCACGACCCAAGGGACAUUCCGAGAGCGCAUCCAACUGCUCAUCACACCAUCUGACGAUUUGCCCAAAACCAAGAGGGAGCAGGAGAGGUUACUGGCUAUCUUUGCUCCAGAGACGGAUGCCACUACGUCUAAAAGUGGCUACUCACUUGUCUCAGAGAAAGACUCCAACUUAUAAUGCUCCGGUGGUGAUAUGUAUGGCAGAGACAUGUGGGUUUUGGUUCCAUCACUGACUUGCUGAACGUUCAACAAACCUUCACAUCAUCUACUUUAACUUGUGGAGGACUCAGGAGAUAAGAGAGCCACAGUGUCAGGUUUUGCAGAACCUGUGUAGUUUGGAUUAUAUAAAAGUUUUAAAGGGGACAAGGCAUUUUUUUCAGGGACUAUAGUCAUCUGCUCUACUCAAAAUGAAAUCCAUUAAUAUAUGGGCGUAAAAUGCUCAUGUUUUGUUUUGCCAGAAUGCUGUUUUAUAAAAGAAAAGUAGUAAAAUAGUAGAUACAGACACACAAGUGCCAACAAAGAUUUUUAAAAAGGUUUCAGUCUGAGUUUUCUGCAAGUGUACAGGUCAUGUGUUACCAGUGAAAAGUGGACUACAUGUAAAUUGAGGUGUCCUUGUUGUGUAUCUGGCAUCACUUUUUCAGCUACUUCAUAUUUGUAUCAUAUACUGUUUUAUCAAUUACCUGUUUUUAUUUACGUGAAUUAAGAUAAAAUGUGACAUUUUGGUGUGACUAGAGUGGAAAAGAAAUACAGAAUGCCAGUGAAAAUUAUAAUUACUCUACAACAGUGCAAAAGGUUUAGGACUAACUUGGUACGUACAAUGUAGUCACUUUGUAGUAAGUUUAUAGCUUGUUUUGUGCUAUGUAAUGUGAAUCUUGUGAGUGCAUUUUUAAAUAAACAUGGUAAUUUUA